UGAUGCGCCUUCCGCCAGCGGCCGCCGCGAUGGCGGUUUAUUUGACUCCGCGCUUCAGGAGGCUCCGGAGUCAGAGCGAGCUAGAGCCGCGGCGGGGGAGGCGGCGAGAUUGUGAUGGUCCUUUUCAAGCAACUCGGCUGUGGAAUAGUAUUAUUCAUGCUCUUCACAGUCAGGUGGAAAUCAAAAGGCGUAGACAGCAUCUGAAAACAUACAAAAACUGUUUCACCGGCUCAAAUGCUGUUGACGUGGUACUGAGCCAUCUUAUGCAAAGCAUGUACCUAAGCUGCAAUGAUAUUUCUCGGCUGAAGGGAGUCCGUGUAUGCCAAGUGUUGAUGGAUCACAAGGUGUUUGAGCCAGUUGGAGCAAAGCUUUACUUAUUCAAGAAUGAGAAAGAAACAGAGUUUGAAGACACAAACACUAGUCUCUAUAAAUUUGUAAAUAGCAGUCUUACUCCUUUUCUUCCAAGAAAGAAUGAAGACAAUGAGAGCUUGUCUCCUGAGCAAAUCUGCAAACAGAAGACAAAAAGACGUUCCAAAACGAAGUGUGAAACAACACGUUCAAACCCCUUAGCAUUAGAAGCAGCUGAUAAAAAGAGGGUAGAGGAGCUCCUUCGAUCAAUAAAUGUUCAUGCGUCUUUACCUCCAAAGAUCAUGGUUAAUGAACUGACUCAUCUGCUUUCAAAAAGAGUAAUAGAAGACGUCUGGAAACAGCAAACUCUGCUACGAUUGCUGCAGUUGAUUGAUGUUCCACUUCUAGAAGAUAUCUUGGUGUCUUCAGUGAAGACAAAACUAGACUGUUUUGGCAAAGAAGAAGACCUGAUUAUCUCAAAUACUUUCCUGGACAGAGAGGUUACGUGUAGCUUAAACUUGCCUGAGCUUGACAAAUGGCUCUAUGCUGCAAUUGAAUGCUUGGAGUAUUUCCCAGACCAAUUCAUAGUGAUGGUUAGUCAGCAGUUACCUCAAAGCCCUAACAAACCCAGCAGUCUGAAUACAUACAAGAAGAUUCUUUUUGACAUUAUAAUAAAGUAUUAUAGUCAAAAGAAGGACUCCCUUCUUGCCACUCAAGAUCUCGAUAUUCAUUCAGGAAUUAUAGAACUUAUAGAAAAAGGAAAUACAGAUCAAGCUCUAGAGGCAUCACAACUUUAUUUAAAAUUAUUAGCACCAAAUAUCCGAGAAGAACUACACAGACUCCUGGCAUUCAUAGCAAUUGCAUCUGAAUCUGAGGGCUACAAAUUACAAAAACAAUUUGAUAACAGAUCUGUGAUCAUCAAGACUUGCACAAAGUUCAUCUUGCAAAAUAAGACAUUGUCAAAACCACAGGCAGAACUGCUGACUCAGUUUCUGAUGGACAAUCACUCUGAGCUCUUCAAGACUCCUUUAACUCUUCUGGAACUAACUAGUAGAAGACUUCAGAGUUUGCUAGAAGGACAAGAUCCAGAUAUUGAUUCAGGAACAGCAUUCUUAUAUUUCUGCCACAAGACAUCUAAAAAUUCUCAUAGAACUCAGUAGUUUGAGGUUCUAAUAGAUGUCUUGAACACAGACCUUGAUUGUUUAGUGUUUUGAAGAACUCUCUUCCUUUUCCAGGUAAGCAUGAAGUUUAUUAAGAGCUUAAGACUUACAGAAGGGUAGUGUAGCCUAAAAGGAAAGCAUUUGACACUUGGUGUGUAUGUGGGAUUAGAGUUUUCCAGCUCAUUUCUUUUACAAGCUAACAUUCCAUCUGGCCUUGCUGCCAAAAAUGUCUUUCAGCACUGCGAUUAAAAGGACUGGCUUAAAUAAUUUAAUUUCUCUCUGACUCUUUAGUUUCUUCCUUUAGACUUCUGUAUUGCCAGUGCAUUAUGUGCUUAAACAUUGAAGAGAAGCAAUAAGGGAAUUGAAUAAUACUGUAAGUUAUUGUACUGUUCAAUACUAUAUUUAAUAGAUCAGCUCUCUGAGAAGUAGUUUUGGUACAGAAUCUUUUACCAUCUGUACUGGGUUCUGGAAUGUGUCCAAAUUGCUUCCAGCUCAGUGUUCUGAGUAUUGCAUAUUGUGUAGCCAAAGAAUACAGAGCUGAGCAACAGAGGAAGGAGUUGCCUGUCUACAGUAUUCUUGGAGACGGUGUGAUUGCCCUCAGCACACUGAACAGACAACUGAAGUACCUCAUACUAUACUCUCCCUACUAAGUUUUGGAGUUUCAAUCUCUAAAUGCAUAUAGAUUCCAUCUACUUGUUGAAAAUAGGUAGUUUGAUCUGAUUGUAAGCUCUCCAGCAUCGCAUAUUCCUGUUUUCCUGUGUGCCUCAUAUUCUGGUGUCAUUUUCCCUUUUCUCAUGGAGGAGACAGGAUGAAAAUGUUUCCUUAGAGCUACAGAGCGUUCUUAGCUGGUGAACUUCUGAAGUUCAGGUGGGAGCAGGAGGGAAGGCUGGGAGACCCCAGAAAAGGGGUCUGUCUAUUGCAGGAAGGUAAUCAUUAGGUCUGCUGGAAGUAAACAUUCCUAAAAACACUGAGGGAACUCUGGGGUUGGUUUUAAUCUAGCAAGCUACUUGAAACCACUGGACUGAAGGAUCCACCCUGAAGUUUAAGAGUUAAUCUCCUUGCCAGAAGUUGUUAAGCUUUCCCUUUUGGAAGAGCUAUGUUUUCUUGAUCUGACUCUACUAAACCAUAAAAAGUAUUUCACAUUUGGUGUUUGACAGACUCAUUGUAAAAGAAGGAAGGACAGGUCCACAUGAAAGAUCUGGCUGCUCAGGUUAUUACCACUCUCUAUGUGAAGCCUUAAGAAAAUGGUGUUUGUACAGAAGGAAUAGUAAGAAUUUUUUCCCCUUUAGGCAAUUGACAUUUGUUCAACCAACUUGCUCACUAACAUGUAUGUGGAGUAGCUGAAUGCCAGUCUUUCCUCUGGCCAGAAGUCACCGUCCAAUGAUGGGGCUUGAAUCCUUGCAGGGCAAUACUCUACUGCGUAGUUUCACAACACUUUUACAUCUAAGUAGUGCUUAAGUUGUGUAUCUCUCGGGCACCAGCUCUUGCUCUGCUCUCACCCUGAACUGCUGCCUGUUCCAUCAUCUCUCCUUCUGGUGACCAAACCAUGCUGGGCUGUCUAGUCACCUAGAAGUUCCUGAAUUGUAUUCCUGAAUUCAGAGGCAACUGUUUCUUCGAAGUAUUUAUUCACUUGCAUUACGUACUGGGCCUUGCUAUGGAUCUGAUUCACUCACAGGGAAUCACUGGAUCAUGACAACUGCAAGGUGCCAUUCUUGUCAUGUAGCAUUCUUUGUUAUGGCUUCUGUUUGCAAGAACGGUGUUGGCUCUUCGUCUUGCAGGUGUGUUUUGUGUUUGCAAUAUAAAAUCAUCUGUGAUAUUGCAAUUUUAACACUGCUUUUCAGGU